GCCGUCUUCGAUGGGCUCUCGCCUUUCCUUAUAGAAGAAUAUGGGUUAUUUUCUUUGUUUCAAAUCACCGGAGGAAUCAAAGGAGACGAAAAAGAGCUGGAAAUGUUGGAGAGGGAAACAGCCGAAAGAGGAAGAAGCGUCGAGGAAGAGAAAAAGGAGGGAAUUCUGCGGUUUAUGCGGUAAAGAACCAUCGAAGGAAUCAUCAAAGUCAGAAGGAACGCCAAGGGGGAAAGGGAAAUGUAGGAUAAAUUGUUUUUGUUCUGGUAAACCUUCGAAAGGGUCUAAAAAGAGCUGGAAAUGUUGGAAGAAGAAGAAAUCGUCGAAAGAUGAUGAGACGACAACAAGGAAGAGAAAGAGGAAGAGAAUGUGUUGUUUAUUUGGUGGAAGAAAGAAAGAUGAAGAAACAUCGAAAAAGGAUGAAGAACAGUCCAAAAAGACAGCGAAAUUUGGGAAAUGCUGCUUUCCUCGCGGUAAAUCCUCAGAGGAGGGGGGUAACCUAGAAAGAAGAAGAACAUUUAUGAAAUGUUGCUUUCCUCGCGGUAAAUCCUCAAAGGAGGAGGAUAAAUCUGAAAAAGGAGGAAAAUCUAUGAAGUGUUGCUUUCCUUGUGGUAAAUCAUCAAAGAAGGAUGAUAAACCGAAAAAAGGAGGAAAAUCUAUGAAGUGUUGCUCUCCUUGUGGUAAACCAUCAAAGGAGGAUAAAUCGAAACCAGAGGAGACAAAUGAAAGAAAAGGAGGGAAAUGCGUAAGUUGUUGCCCUUGUUGUGAGCCAUCAAAGAAGGAGAAACCGAAAGAAGACAGAGAAAAGACUAGUAAGUGUUGCGCGAAGAAAAGUUGCUUUUCUUGUCUAAAAUCAAAAAAUGGAAAAGAUGAGAAACCUUCGAAGAAAAAAGAAAAGAGGUGCAUGAAUUGUUUUCGUUGUUGUAGGCCAUCGAAGAAGGAUGGAUCAAGAGAUCGCAAAGAAAAGACCAGGGCUCGUUGCUCUUGUAUGAACUCACUCAAGAGCAAAUGUUGCUUUUCUUGUCCAAAAUCAUAUAAGAAGAGUACUUGUUCCUGUUCUUGCUUUUUUGGUUGCUCAUGUUGUACGAGCUCACCAAAAGAGAAGAAUGUAGACAAGCCAAAAGAGAAGAAGUUCUUUUGUCUGAAGAGGAAGGAGAAGGAAGACAUAAAUCAUCUGACAUGCCUUGUUAAGACUAUAUCCUUCAAGUCUGAUACCAAUAAGCGUAGAUCAGAAGCUGAAGAAAUUCUACGUAUCAGUAAUGUAAAUAUCACUGCAAGAGUGUUCACAUAUCGCGAACUGGCAGCAGCAACCAAUAAUUUUUCACAAGAAUGUUUAUUAGGCAAAGGUGGAUUUGGCAAAGUUUAUAAAGGAAAGCUUAAGGAAAUGGACAAAGUUGUAGCGGUUAAGAAACUUGACAGAAAUGGGUAUCAGGGUAACAGAGAGUUUCUGGUAGAAGUACUGAUGCUUAGUCUCCUCAGACAUAAAAAUCUCGUAAAUUUGCUCGGAUAUUGUUCUGAUAGCGACGAAAAGAUGCUGGUAUAUGAUUACAUGCCUCUUGGUUCACUGCAAGAUCAUCUUCUGGAUUUAUCUCCAACUAAUAAACCAUUAGACUGGAACAUGAGAAUGAAAAUAGCAUUCGGCGCAGCAAAAGGACUUGAGCAUUUGCAUGUCAUAGCCAAUCCUCCUGUUAUAUACAGAGAUCUUAAAGCAUCAAAUAUACUACUCGAUGAGGAUUAUAACCCGAGAUUAGCUGAUUUUGGCUUAGCUAAGCUCGGUCCAGUUGGAGCUCAAAAACAUAUAUCAACGAGAGUUAUGGGGACUUAUGGUUAUUGUGCUCCAGAGUAUGCAUUGACAGGUCAAUUGACAUUGAUGUCUGAUAUUUACAGUUUUGGUGUUGUGCUCUUGGAGCUGAUUACAGGAAGAAAGGCUAUGGACUCUACAAGACCAAGGAAUGAGCAAAAUUUAGUCGAAUGGGCAAUACCGCUCAUCAAGGAUAGAAUGAAUUUUACCCAAUUGGCUGAUCCAUUGCUCGAAGGAAAUUUCUCUGUGAAGGCUUUGUAUCAAGCUCUUGCACUUGCUGCAAUGUGUGUUAAUGAAAAGGAUAUUUUUCGACCAAACAUUAAAGAUGUUGUUAGUGCACUGAAGUUUCUGAGCAGAGAAAAUAACCAGUCAAGUUCAGAAGCACCUGAAAGUUCUGUCUCUGUGAAUGAAGCUUCUAACUGUAAUGAUGGAGACUCCCCAAAUUCAUCAUAUAGUGAUUGGCAACGUUGUUCAACAGAGAAAUGAAGUUAAAGCUAGAGUUUGAAGUGAUAUAUUAGAGUUGAGAAUUUGAAGUUUCAGGUUCAGGAGCUUGGAGAGGUGGGGGAAAUAAGUGAGUAUUUCUCCAUUUGUUGCUUUCUUGUGGGUAUGUUCCAACAUGAAGCAGCUUUUUAGACCUUUUUUUUCUUGUAAUUAAGUAUUUGCUGAUUCCUGCAGAAAGAAAUCAAGUAUUGCAGAUGGAUAAUGAAAUUUUGAAUGAAAACUGAUGUGUGA